CUAAUAUCCAAUCCUUUAACAAGUAAGACGCCCAAAAAUAUAACCGAUUCAUGUUAAAAUAACCGGUUCUUUUAGCAAUCGUAAGCUGUGUGAACCGAAACACCGAAAGAAUCGCCAUUAAUUUGUGACCAUCUACAGCACCAAUGGCGGACAACGCUGCCGCCGGUGGACGUGGAGGUUUUAGAGGAGGAUUCGGCGGACGCGGCCGCGGAGGAAGGCCCAGGGGACGCGGCCGUGGUAGAGGCCGUGGCCGCGGCAAGGAGGCCGAAAAGGAAUGGGUGCCCGUGACCAAGCUGGGCCGCCUCGUGCGCGACGGCAAAAUCCGCUCCCUUGAAGAGAUCUAUCUCUUCUCCCUCCCCAUCAAGGAGUACGAAAUCAUUGACUUCUUCAUUGGAAGCCAACUUAAGGAUGAGGUCCUGAAAAUCAUGCCUGUCCAGAAGCAGACCCGUGCCGGUCAGCGCACCCGCUUCAAGGCCUUCGUUGCCAUUGGUGAUUCCAACGGCCACAUCGGUCUGGGAGUGAAGUGCUCGAAGGAAGUGGCGACCGCCAUCCGCGGAGCCAUCAUCCUGGCCAAGCUCUCGGUCGUGCCCGUGAGGCGAGGCUACUGGGGCAACAAGAUCGGCAAGCCCCACACCGUGCCCUGCAAGGUGACUGGCAAGUGCGGCUCCGUGUUGGUGCGUCUGAUCCCAGCGCCCCGCGGAACCGGCAUCGUGUCUGCCCCCGUUCCCAAGAAGCUGCUGAACAUGGCUGGCAUCGAGGAUUGCUACACGUCCGCCCGAGGCUCGACCGGCACCCUUGGAAACUUCGCCAAGGCGACCUACACGGCCAUCGGCAAGACCUAUGCCUACCUUACUCCAGACUUGUGGAAGGAAAUGCCCCUGGCCACCGCCCCGUACCACGAGUACGCCGACUACUUGGCCAAGAACCACCGCGUCGUUGGCACUGGUCUCCAGUAAAUUAAAUGUGGCAAAAUGGAUCUUCUAAUUAAACCUUGGAAACGGAUCCACGACUGAAAAUAUAA